AUGAACUACAUAUCAAAUCUCGUCAACUCGGAUGCAGUCAUCAAUCCCCUCCUGGACAAUGGCUACCUCCCACAUGCGGUGAUCCGCGUAGGAAUCAGGCGCCAGCUAGCCGAUCGCCUACAAUCGAUAGCUACCACGUCCUUGGAGUCCGCUUACGAGACCAAGAUGAAGUACGUCAAGCUUCUUCGGGAAAGGCCAAUUGCAAUUGCGACUGCGACGGCAAACGAGCAGCACUAUGAGGUAGGGACGAGUGUUCUUAAGGGCAUGCUGGGCCCGCGGAUGAAGUAUUCGGCCUGCUUGUAUGAGAAGGGCGGGGAGACGCUGGCCCAAGCCGAGAUUGCCAUGAUGCGAUUGUAUAUCGAGAGGGCAGAAUUGAAGGAUGGAAUGAGCAUUUUGGACCUUGGAUGUGGCUGGGGCUCAGCAUCUCUCUUCAUGGCGGAAAUGUUUCCCAACUCCAAAAUCACCGGCUUCUCAAACUCAAGAACACAAAAAGAGUACAUUGACAGCGUUGCCGUAUCAAAAGGACUCAAGAACCUUACCAUUAUCACGGGCGAUGUUGUCGACUAUGAGUUCCAGCCUGAAGCGUACGACCGCGUUAUCUCCAUUGAGCUCUUCGAGCACAUGAAGAACUACCAGCUUCUGCUGCGCAAAGUAGGAUCUGCGCUGAAACCCGGUGGCAAGCUAUUUGUUCACAUCUUUGCGCACUGCACGACUCCGUAUGAUUUCGAAGAAGGAUGGAUGACGGAGCAUUUCUUUACAGGCGGUACCAUGCCUUCGGCUGAUUUACUGCUGUACUUCCAAGACGACUUGAGAGUCAAGAACCAGUGGUGGGUUUCCGGUAUGCACUACUCAAAGACGUGUGAGGAUUGGCUGGUUACCAUGUUGAAGAACAAGGAGAGUAUCUGGAAGGGACUAGUGGAGACGUACGGAGAGGAGGGCGCGUUGACUUGGUGGAAUAGGUGGCAGGUUUUCCACAUGGCUUGCUCCGAGUUGUUCAGGUGGAAUGGGGGUGAUACAUGGGGUGUCAGCCNCUAUCUCUUUGAGAAGCCUACUGCAUAG